GCUCUGUCAGCCAAAUUCCAUUUUCGACGCAAAACGAAAAACCCCCAAACCAAAUCCUCAAAAAUGGCGACAACUCUCUCAGCAACAACAAGAUUCACACUUCGUCCUCACCCUUCUCCCUCAAACUCAUCUUUUCCCUCUUCUCACCCCAAACAAUUUCUCAAAUUCCCUUCCUACCCCCAUCUUUCUAACCUCACCCACCGCAGCUUCCACCUACGUCCUCUCGCCGCCGUCGAAGCCCCUGAAAAGAUCGAAAAACUCGGAACCGAGAUUUCCUCCUUGACUCUCGAGGAAGCCCGCAUUCUGGUGGACUACCUUCAGGAAAAGCUCGGAGUCUCUGCUGCCGCCUUUGCUCCCGCGGCAGUUGCCGCCGCUCCAGGGGCCGGCGGUGCAGGAGAUGCGCCGGCUGCUGUGGAGGAGAAGACGGAGUUCGAUGUUGUCAUUGAGAAUGUCCCGAGCAAUAUGAGAAUUGCGGUGAUUAAAGCUGUGAGAGCACUGACUAGCUUGGCUUUGAAAGAGGCGAAAGACCUGAUUGAAGGGUUGCCGAAGAAGUUUAAAGAAGGGGUGUCGAAAGACGAAGCUGAAGAGGCUAAGAAACAGCUUGAAGACGCUGGAGCUAAGGUUGCAAUUGUCUAAAGACCCUUUUUGGGGGAAUUUUCCGAUGGUAGUUUUCAUUUAGUUUCGCAUGGUUAUCAGGGAAAUCUUAUUCAUUUUUCUGGCUAUUGCGACUGCACUCUUUGUGUUCGUUAAAUUGCUUGAAUGAGUUGCCUGCGGCGGCUGAGGUGAGGCGUCAGCCGUCAGGCGUAUAUGUUGUAUUAACAAAACGCUGCGUUUAGAUUUUGCAUUUACUAGUAAAUUGAAAAUCUUGUUUUGUGAA